ACUGUUUUUUUCUUUUUUCCCAGUGAUUCGCUUGCUCUUUCCGCAGCAUAUUUCCUGAGAAAAUCUACCAACUGCAAGAUAUGAAGAGAACUAGGGACGAUACUUAUGCUUCUUCUCAAUUAAAGCGACCCAUGGGUUCUUCACGCGGGGAUUCCUAUGGCCAAUCCCAAAUCCCUGGAGGAGGGGGAGGGGGAGGGGGAGGGGGAACGGGAGGAGGAGGGGGAGCUACUUCACAGAAAUUGACUACCAAUGACGCUUUAUCAUAUCUGAAGGAAGUGAAAGACAUGUUUCAUGACCAAAUAGAAAAAUAUGACAUGUUCUUAGAGGUCAUGAAAGAUUUCAAGGCUCAACGGACUGACACUGCAGGUGUCAUUGCAAGGGUGAAGGAACUAUUCAAAGGGCAUAAUAACUUGAUUUUUGGAUUUAACACCUUCUUGCCAAAGGGUUAUGAGAUUACACUUGAUGAGGAUGAGGCUCCUCCAAAGAAAACAGUUGAAUUUGAAGAAGCUAUAAGCUUUGUAAACAAGAUAAAGAAACGAUUCCAAAAUGAUGAGCAUGUUUACAAAUCAUUCUUGGACAUUUUGAACAUGUACCGCAAAGAGCACAAGGAUAUUGGUGAGGUCUAUAGUGAGGUCGCUACCCUUUUUGAGGAUCAUCCGGAUUUACUUGAGGAGUUUACUAGAUUCUUACCAGAUACUUCUGCAGCGCCUUCUUCACAGCAUGCUCCUUAUGGUCGAAAUUCAUUUCCUCGAUUUGGUGAGAGAGGCUCUACAGCACCCAUGAUACGGCCAAUGCAAGUGGACAAGCACCGCUAUCGACGGGAAAGGCUUAGUUCUCUUGAUCGUGAUCCAAGUGUUGAUCGUCCUGAACUGGAUGAUGACAAGGCACUAAUGAAAUCUCACAAGGAGCAGAGGAAGCGUGUUGAUAAGGAAAGUAGGGAUAGGAAAAUUCGUGACCAGGAUGAGAGAGAACCUGAUCAUGAUAAUAACAGGGAUUUCAAACCACGAUUUCCUGAGAAAAAGAUAUCUUCCAAGAAGGCUGAAGGUUUUGGGUUGGCAGCUGAUUUUGCUUCAUAUGAUGACAAAGAUACCUUAAAGAGCAUGUAUAACCAGGCAUUCAGUUUUUGUGAGAAAGUUAAGGAAAAGUUGGGCAGUUCAGAUGACUACCAAGCCUUCUUGAAGUGCCUUCAUAUUUUCAGCAAUGGAAUAAUAAAAAGGAAUGAUUUGCAGAAUUUGGUGACUGACUUACUUGGAAAGUACCCUGAUCUGAUGGAUGAAUUCAAUGAGUUCUUGGAGCGUUGCGAAAAUAUUGAUGGGUUCCUUGCUGGUGUCAUAAGUAAAAAGUCAUUAGGUGGUGAUGGUCAAUUAUCCAGAACGUUAAAGUUGGAGGACAAAGACAAAGACCAGAAGCGUGAGAUGAAUGGAGCUAAAGACAAGGAAAGACACCGGGAGAAAUACUGGGGAAAAUCCAUUCAAGAACUUGACUUAAGUAACUGUCAACUUUGUACUCCAAGCUAUCGUCUUCUGCCAGAAGAUUAUCCAAUUCCUGUGGCCAGUCAGAGAUCUGAGCUUGGUGCUCAAGUAUUGAACGAUCAUUGGGUAUCUGUGACUUCAGGAAGUGAGGAUUACUCUUUCAAACAUAUGCGCAGGAAUCAGUACGAAGAAAGCUUGUUUCGAUGUGAGGAUGAUAGAUUUGAGCUGGACAUGUUAUUAGAAUCUGUUAGCUCAGCUGCCAAAUGUGCAGAGGAGUUGUAUAAUAGCAUUAAUGAAAAUAAGAUCAAUAUGGAGGCUCCAAUCUGUAUUGAAGAUCACUUUAGCGCUCUAAAUUUAAGGUGCAUUGAACGCCUGUAUGGAGAUCAUGGACUUGAUGUUCUGGACAUAUUACGGAAACAUCCAACUCAUGCACUUCCUGUGGUAUUGACUCGUCUGAAGCAGAAACAAGAGGAGUGGAGUAGGUGUCGAUCUGAUUUCAAUAAGGUUUGGGCUGAAAUUUAUGCUAAAAACCACUACAAAUCACUUGAUCAUCGGAGCUUCUAUUUCAAGCAACAAGAUUCAAAGAACCUGAGCACUAAAUCUUUGGUGGCUGAAAUCAAAGAAAAGAAAGCAAAGCAACAGAAAGAGUAUGAUAUUCUUCACGCUAUCGCUGCUGGAAAUAGACAGCCUCUAAUUCCACAUCUAGAGUUUGAAUAUUCGGAUGGUGGGAUUCAUGAGGACCUAUAUAAACUUAUUCGUUAUUCAUGUGAGGAAGUCUUCUCGAGUAAAGAUAUGUCAAAUAAAAUUAUGAGACUUUGGACCACCUUUUUGGAGUUGAUUCUUGGUGUUCCCUCUCGUACUCAUGGGACAGAAAAUUUGGAGGACAGGAAAACUGGGCAACGUGUUGCCCAUUUUGUUGCAUCAAAUACAGGAGGUGAUGGAAACUCCCACGGAGACUCUAUUCCUUCAAGGUUGCCAAAAUCUGAUAAUGAAGUGGAUGGUAGAGUAAAUGAGGUGAAGAAUGGCCAACAGACUAGCUUAGCCAAUGACAAAGAAAAUGGACCUGUUGACUGUGACCGUGCUUGUAGAGAUGAUGAUAAAGGGAAGAACAAUGCAGAUUGUAGUGAAAGAGUCUCUGGGUUUAGUAAACAGAUUGCCUCUGAUGAGCAAUCAAUUAUCAAUAAUACCUCAAGUGCAGUUAGAGGAGAAACUAGCAUGACCAAGACCAGCUUAGAAAUUACUUCAGGCUGUGUGCUUAAUCCAGCAAGAUCAACUGCUACACUAGGCGGUGAUGAUGGUGUUGCCAUUUCUCAGGGUGGUAAUGGACCUUUGAUGGAGGGUCGUGAUAUUGCUCCUUCACUUCCAUUUGCCAAUGGAGUGCUAAUUGAAAGCACUAAAGUUAAAAGCCAUGAAGAAAUAGCUGGACCUUACAAAGCUGAAAAGGAGGAGGGUGAAUUAUCACCCAAUGCUGACUCAGAGGAGGAUAAUUUUGUUGGGUACGGAGACUCUGGUGGGCAGGCACUGCCCAAGUCAAAGCAUAAUAGUGAAAGAGGAAAUUAUAAAUCUAGAAAUGGGGAGGAAGAAUGCUGCCCAGAGGCUGGAGGUGAUAAUGGUGCAGAUGCUGAUGAUGAGGACAGUGAUAAUGUUUCUGAAGCUGGUGAAGAUGCCUCAGGUAGUGAGUCUGCUGGUGAUGCAUGCUCUCGAGAAGAGCAUGAGGAGGAUGAAGAUAUAGAACGUGAUGAUGUUGAGGGUAAGGCUGAGAGUGAAGGCGAAGCUGAGGGCAUAUGUGAUGCUCAAUCUGCUGGAGGAGAGGGCUUAUCAUUGCCAUUAUCAGAAAGGUUCCUUUUGUCUGUAAAGCCUCUCACGAAGCGUGUUUCCGCAGUUUCACUUGUUGAGGAAAGAAAUAAUUCCAGGGUCUUCUAUGGAAAUGAUGAUUUUUUUGUUCUUUUUAGGCUUCAUCAAAUACUUUAUGAAAGGAUCUCAUUAGCGAAAAAAUAUUCAAUGAGUGCUGAAACAAAAUGGAAAACAACAAAGGAGGCUUCUUCACCAGAUCCUUAUUCAAGAUUUAUGAAUGCACUUUACAACUUGCUUGAUGGCUCUGCUGACAAUGUAAAGUUUGAAGACGAAUGUCGAGCAAUUAUUGGAAACCAGUCUUAUAUAUUAUUCACACUGGACAAGUUGAUAUAUAAGUUGGUCAGACAGCUUCAAACAGUUGUAACAGAUGAGAUAGACAAUAAACUUCUCCAAUUGUAUGAGUAUGAAAAGUCUCGGAAACCUGGGAAAUUAAUCGAUUCAGUCUAUUAUGCAAACGCACGUGUCAUCCUUCAUGAUGAGAAUAUAUAUCGUUUUGAAUGUUCAUGUACUCCCUCUCGAGUGUUUGUUCAGCUGAUGGACACUAUGAAUGAAAAGCCUGAGGUGUUUGCUGUUUCAAUCGAUCCAAAUUUUUCCUUUUAUCUGUAUAAUGAUUUUCUGUCUGUCUCUCCUGGAAAAAAAGAACCUCAUGGCAUUAUCCUGCAAAGAAACAAGCGCGGAUAUGGAGAUCUAGAUGAACUUACAUCUAUGUGCUUAGCCAUGGAAGGUGUUAAAAUUAUAAAUGGAUUGGAAUGUAAGAUAGCUUGCAACUCGUCCAAGAUCUCGUAUGUUCUGGACACGGAAGAUUUUUUCUACCGCCCCAAAAGGCAAAGAAGAACGUCAUCAGGGACCACAUCUUCCUGGUCCCGGCAUCAUCGGGCUAGACAGGAAAGAUUUCUCAGAUUCUUAUCAGUUUCAUAAUUUUCUGUCCUCAUUGUGACUGGAACCCUCAAGGUAACUACAGGGUUUUAGAGCUGAUCUCUCACACCUAUUUAACGGUUGAAGAGUUUCCUGUAGCACUUACAUAUGUUUAUAGUAGUCUUCGGUGCUGCAAACCUAGGAAUUCUUGGUUUAGCGCCUUAUAUAUGUAAGCCCUUAAUACUCCUUUAUCUUCAGAUGAAAGUGGAGAGGAAUAGAUGGGUCUGUGCGAUAUGUUAAUGAGGUUUAAUGGGUGGGAAGUUGACCGACCCUUGUAAAUAAUCUGCCUCAAUAUAGUUGUAGAAAUUUGUAACAAAAUUGAUCAGUGUUCAUUAGAAGCAUGAGUUUCUUCUUCUUAUCCAUGCUUAGAUUUGUAUAAUUCAUGUAUUCUUUUUUCAA